AUGUCAUUUCAACUAGGAGAAAAUACUUUAAAAGUUUCAGCCAAACUGUUUGCCUUAAACCGUCAAAGACUUGUUAAUGAGUUAAAGAAAAUUGUAGAUGGAAAAAAAAAUGUUGUUUUGCUUCAAGGUGGAAUUGAAAAAAAUAGAUACAAUACGGAUUCUGCUGAUUUACCUUUUAGACAAGAAUCAUACUUUUUUUGGACAUUUGGUGUUCAUGAAAGUGAUUUUUAUGGUGCUAUUGAUGUAGACAGCGGAAGAACAAUGUUAUUUGCUCCUAAACUUCAUCCUGAUUAUAUUAUUUGGGAAGGAAAAAUACAUCCAGAAACCUGGUUUAAAGAAAAAUAUGAGGUUGAUGAAGUUCACUUUCAUGAAAAUGGAAAUAUUGAGAAUUAUUUGAAAAUGUGGAAUGCUCAAAAACUUCUUUUGUUAUCAGGUGUUAAUAGUGAUAGUAAUGAUGAAUUACCUCCUGCUAAUUUUAUUGGAAAAAAUAACUUUGAAAUAUGUGAGAAAACACUUUACCCAAUAAUGAGUGAGCUUCGUGUUUUUAAGACAGAUAUGGAAUUAGAAGUAAUGCGUUAUGCUGCCAAAAUUGCUUGUGAUGCUCAUAAAGAUGUAAUGAAAAAUAUUAAACCAGGAUGGUAUGAAUAUCAGGGAGAAAGUUUAUUUAGACAUCAUUCAUAUUUUCAUGGUGGUUGUCGUCAUCUUGCUUAUACAUGUAUUGGAGCAAGUGGUGAAAACAGUUCUAUUCUUCAUUAUGGUCAUGUUAAUGCUCCUAAUUCACGUAAGAUUAAAGAUGGUGACAUGUGUCUUUUUGAUAUGGGACCAGAAUAUAACUGUUAUGCCUCUGAUGUAACAAGUAGUUUUCCUGUUAAUGGGAAAUUUACUAAAAAACAGAAAGGAAUAUACAACGCUGUUCUUGCUGCUAAUAAAACAGUUUUUGAAAAUGCAAAACCUGGAGUUAGUUAUGUAGAAAUGCAUUUAUUAGCUGAAAGAGUAAUCUUAAAACAUUUGAAAGAAAUAGGCAUUGUUAAAGGUGAGAUUGAUGAAAUGAUGAAAGUACGUUUAGGAGCUGUUUUCCAACCACAUGGUCUUGGCCAUUUUCUAGGACUUGAUGUACAUGAUUGCGGUGGUUAUUUAGGAGAUGCUAUACCACGAUCAACACUUCCAGGUUUAAAAAGUUUAAGAUGUACCAGAACAUUACAAGAACGUAUGGUUAUAACAAUUGAACCUGGAUGUUAUUUUAUUGAUUCAUUACUUGAUAAAGCAUUAUCAGAUCCAGAUCAAGCCAAAUUUUUAAAUAAAAAUGUACUAGAAGAGUAUCGUGGUUUUGGUGGAGUAAGAAUUGAAGACGAUGUUAUUAUUUGGAAGAAUGGCAAUGAAAAUAUGUCUAUUUUACCAAGAACUGUUGAAGAAAUUGAAAACUUUAUGAAACAUUAA